CGUGAAAGCUGACGAACGUAAUCCCAUACGUUCCCAAGAUAUCCUACGAUAUCUUAAAUCUACAUUUUUUUAAAUCAUCUCUGACGACAACAAUUCGCAUUGGCAUCGAUCGAAACGUAGCAAGAAUCCUGCGAAAAAGGCAUCGGUUGAGGCGAUUUUUGGAGAUCAGUCUCUCCGAAGAUUAUGAUAUAAGGUCGCCGGUAAAACCGAGGAUCGAUCAUCCGGUACGCGCACACACGAGAAUGACAACUUACGCGGCCUUCCAGCAAUACGAUCUCCUGGACUCCGAGGGCUACGGAUCGGCGAGUAGCCCGGAAUCGAAUCCACGUGGCAAUUGGCAUCACCAGGAGAUCUAUCCGCAGCCGCCGCGAUCCAGGGGUAGCAGCUGCGGCAGCGUCAGCUCCGUAGACAGUCACCACCAGCAAGAGUAUCAAGAAAUCGUUCCAAAUGGCAGCCUCCACGUGACUGCUGGCUUCAAUUUCGGCGACUUCUACGAAGGCUACCAUCAGGAGGGUGAUUAUCGGAACGAGCAUCAGUCAACAUUGAACGUUAACGGCGCCAGGAAUAUCAUCAAAGAUCAUCACGCCAAGGUGACUUACAGAAUGAACGAACAGUGCACGUCUUAUGACGACGCAACGUCCAGAAUGACUUUUAACGACAGUACUGUAAACAAGCAAGAGCCGGCAGGAUACAUUCCAAAAAUGGAUCAUCAUCCAGUCGGAAUGUUUACAAAUUCCAGAACCGAUUCUGGUCAGAAUCAGGAAGCUUUUUUCCCCACAAAAAGCUAUGUAAAAAGCGGUAUCUAUCAUCCGCGGAACGAGAGUCACCCUUACGCUCAGAGAACGACGGACGUUCUUUACCUAGGCGCCGCUUAUAACGUGCCGAGGAACGAAGCUCACUUAGCGAACGGUCAGCCGGGCAAAUGCGAUCAGUCGAGGUACUAUCAGAGAAAUGACAGUCUUCAUGUUUCGCCAACGGAAUACCAAGGGCAAAAAUCCAAGGAGGCGGCGGUGCAGAAGAUGAAGAACAGCACGCCCGGCAUCGAGGUACUGAGGAAGAGGCGAUUGGCGGCAAACGCCAGAGAGAGAAGAAGAAUGAACAGUCUAAACGACGCUUUCGACAGACUACGGGACGUCGUGCCCAGUCUGGGCAAUGAUAGAAAGCUCAGCAAGUUCGAGACGCUGCAAAUGGCACAGACCUAUAUCGCCGCGCUCUACGAAUUGCUACAGCGCGAAUAAACAAGCGAAUUUAGCGACAAAAAAUUCUCUUCUUGGAAAGAAGAUCGAGCGUUUUGCUCGAUGUCAUUGUGAUGAUAUAAAGCUCCAAAACAUCACGUAUAUAGAGCUUAAAAACAUCACGAAUAUGAUGUGAUGACAAUUCCACCUUCUUGAGAAGAUCGGCGCGAAUCUCGAUGAUAAAAAUCUCGAGUUAAUCCAAAGUUAAUUAAUCGAGAGAAGGAUCAAUGUCAUCUUCGUGGGAUUCUGCAGGAGUGUUUCCCGUUUGAGUUUCCAUCAUUCGGAGAGAUGCUAAUUGAAAGAUCGCUGUUUGAGUCUUCAACAAGAACGACAAGACUUGUUCUUCCUUCGACGGACUUCAACGUUAAACCGCAGGUAAUGACGAAUUGUCGGGAUACCGAGAAAGAGACGGCUCGCUCGCGGAAAGUAUGAGAAUUAACGAGCAGACUGGAAAUCGAGACUUCAUUAACUUGUAAAUGAGUCACUCAACUACGGCGGCAUCGACCGUAAAUGGAGAAAUACGUAAACGGAAAAGCAUAAUACCGGCCUUGUUAUCACGG